AAGAAAAAAAUAUCUCGAGAGAAAAAGACAGAGUCUGAUCGGUGUUUGACGAGACACUGCACUUUACCGUUUAACUCUUUUCUUCUCUCUCUCUCUCUCUUCCAAUCGCAAACAAACCCUAGCUUUCUCUCUCUUCCUCUCUUAUCAUCUCUCAAGAUUUUACCAUGACUGAUCCUGAAGAUCCCGAUCUGAGCAACGACGACUCCGCUUGGAGACGACUAACAGCUCCAGAUUCUGUCUUUUUCGACAGAGACACUUCCAAUAUCCUCUCUGACUUCGGCUGGAACCUCCACGAUUCUUCCUCCGAUCAUCAUCACAAUCUCCCUUUCGGUCCCGGUUUAACACCAACCUCCGGUGUCCCACCUCCAGUCGCCACCACAGCAACGCCUGACCCCAUUCCAGCUUCUCCCCGUUCCUCAUCCGUCGCCGCCGCUGCUUCUUCUGUUGUCUCGACCUCUAAUAAUCCUUCGGCCACCUCCAGUUCAAGCGAGGGUCCAAUGGAUAACUCAUCAACGAAAACACCGGAGGCACCAAAGAAGGAGAAGAAGCAGGCUCAGAAGCGGAUCCGGCAACCACGAUUCGCAUUCAUGACCAAGAGUGAUGUAGAUAAUCUUGAAGAUGGAUAUCGAUGGCGUAAGUAUGGACAGAAAGCUGUCAAAAAUAGCCCAUUUCCAAGGAGCUACUAUAGAUGCACGAACAGCAGAUGCACGGUGAAGAAGAGAGUGGAACGAUCAUCUGAAGAUCCAUCGAUAGUAAUCACAACAUACGAAGGACAACAUUGUCACCAAACUAUUGGAUUCCCUCGUGGCGGAAUCCUCACAGCUCAUGACCCACAUAAUUUCACAUCCCAUCAUCAUCAUCAUCAUCCCCCUCCUCCAUUGCCAAAUCCUUAUUACUACCAAGACAUCCUUCAUCAGCUUCACAGAGACAAUACAUCUUCACCCCGAUUACCCCAAUCUACUACUGAAGAUGGACCUGAUGCAGUAUCGUCUAUUCAUCCGUCAGAAGAAGGUUUACUUGGUGAUAUUGUACCUCAAACCAUGCGCAAUCCUUGAGGUGCCAUUAUAGCAAAUCAUCAUAAUCUUGGUGACAGUAGCUAAGGAGGUGCUAACUCAUUCCAGAAGAUAUUGCAUACCAAAAAAUUAUAUGGCCGAAUGCAAUGUGUUGUAAUCAGAGAUCUCUACAUAUGUUAUUUCAUUGUUGAUCAAAGGUGUCUCAUCACCGGACGGAUGCAAAUUCUUAAGGUAUAUAUGUAUAGUAUAUAAUUUUGAUGUAACUUAACUUUAAUACAUCUGCUGAGUUAUGUGGAUCCAUACCACAUGUAGAUGCAUGUAUGUAUGUGCACUUAAGGGAAAAAUCGUGGAGCAAAUUCCGAUACUUUA